AUGCAUGAUUGCAUGUAUGAAUUUGUUAUUAAUGGAACCGUCACAUUUCAGAAAUUUGUAAAGUGCUGUCUUGGAAAACUGAGAAGUAAUCCUUGGUCGGAAUUAGAUGGGCUUCAGCCAGAGACAAAGAUCAUCGAUGAACAGCUAGGUGAUGUCAACUUGAAGGGUUUUCUAACUAUUAACAGCCAACCUGCUGUUAAUGGAGCAAAAUCUGAUGCCCCAUCAGUUGGAUGGGGUGGGCCUGGUGGGUAUAUUUAUCAAAAGGCCUAUGUGGAGUUUUUCUGCUCUAGAGAAAGGUUAAAUGCUCUUGUUGAGAAAUGCAAGAGUUUCUCAUCUCUAACCUUCAUGGCUGUAAACAAAGAAGGGAGUUGGAUUUCAAACAUCAAUCAAACCGAUGUGAAUGCGGUGACAUGGGGGGUCUUUCCUGCCAAGGAGAUCAUACAACCAACUGUUGUGGAUCCUUCCAGCUUUUUAGUGUGGAAGGAUGAGGCAUUUGAAAUCUGGUCAAGAGGAUGGGCUAAACUGUACCCAGAGGGUGACCCAUCAAGAAAAUUGCUCGAAGAGGUGCAGGGCAGCUACUACUUGGUCAGUUUGGUGGAUAAUGAUUACAUCCACGGGGAUUUGUUUGCUAUUUUCAAAGAUCUCUGA